AUGAGAACUCUUAUCGAUCGUUCUUCCUUUCCAGAGGAGCUCGUCACCGCCCAUGCUAAUGAAAUGCUCCAUGCUUCCACGAGUGAUCACCCAUAUUGCCGCAGCGGCACCAGGGUGGUGCUGCAAGGCAGCUCCGAGUUUGUCAACGCGAAUUUCAUCACUCCGAAUGCCAUCUGCGGGGGAGAACCAGAUUCACCACUCCAUUUCUGGGAGAUGGUCGUGCAGUGCAAAUGCCGAGCAGUCGUCAAGCUCACACAGGACAUGGGUAGCGAAUACUUCCCACUGAGAACAGGAGAAUCGCAGGUGUAUGGUAGAAUCACAGUAACGAACCGGAGCUCCUCGCGCAGCAGCAACGAAGUCACGAAACGAAUUCUCGGAGUGGAAUGCCAAGGCUAUCAGCCUUUCACGCUUGAGCACUUCCAAUACUCGUGGUCAGACUUUGGCGUCCCCAAAAGGAUAGAACCGAUUCAAGAGAUGUUUGCUGCGCUCUACAGGCUCCCUUCAGACUGUUCCUACUUUGUCCAUUGCAGGGCUGGGAUUGGCCGUGCUGGAACCUUUAUCACAAUCGAUCACGUACUGAGAUGCAUUCUUGGUGGAAACCUUAGCGUGGUGAAUAUUUCCGAGACUGUGGCUCGUCUAAGAGAACAGCGGCGUGGAUUGGUCGAGACACAUGACCAGUACUGGUUUUGUUUCAAAGCAGUCAUCAAGGAACUCGAAUUAUUGAUGUUCUCGGCGCAGCCCAAAAAUCAAGAGUUUCAUGCCAGCGCCAGGAAACUCGAAGUUUAGCUAUGAGAAAAUCGUGUCCGGUCGGAGGCCAAAGAGUUUUCGGAUAACUUCGCGUUCUCGAGCAUCUAGCUUUGUCUCCAGAAGACGAUCCAAUUCUUCUUGAGAAUCAUACAAAAUGAGAACUUUUGUUAAGAACAGCUUGAAAGUAAGUUAAGCUUGCAUCCCUUUCGACCAUGAUCCGCUAGCUAAAUAAAGAGAGAGAAAGCAAAGUUGCAUCA